AAAUAGUGCCGAUCACAACAUAGCUCACUGAUUCGCGCACGAGACUGUGGAUUCGGUCCGGUUGCAUUAGGGGUGCCAAGAUGUUCGCGGCCUCCGUCCUCAGACGGGUAGCCAGCCCAAACUGUUACCACGUCAGAACGUUGAUCGUCUUGAAACGGAGUCACCCCUUGCGACAACCGCAGGUAGGGGAAGCCCACAAGAAUCUCCAAACGAAGAGAAUGCGAACCUACGAACUUGUUCCACUGACCGAGGAAGAAAAACCAAAAACGAUCAAGGUUGUGUUGAAAGAACUAGUCGAGGGUUACGGCGCAGUCGGAGAUGUGAUCGAAGUGCCGCGGAACUUUGGUCGAUUCGAGCUCAUUGUGCCCGGGAGAGCUUCGUAUGCCUCGCCCGAAGCCCUGAAAUGGGCUGAGACGCUCCAGGAGCGGGGGAUCGAAGUCGUGCGCUUUACAUCGAAAACAUCGCCGGGGACGAUCCGCUAUCUGAGGAGUCGAGUCUAUGCUCUCAUCAUGAGCGAGAAAAAUCCGUGGACUCUGGAGGUAUGGCAUGUACGCAGCCACUUACGAUCUCAAGGAUUGGUGGUGCCUGAAGAAGCCAUAGUUCUCCCGGAUAAGCCGAUCAACCAUAACGAUGGGGUCUUCGGCAAAGAUAUCAUCAUAACUAUUAAGAUCAAUGGCAAGGACGAGGCUCGGUGCAGACUCAGAUUUAGGCCUGCCGAGGAACUUCUUAGUCCCGCGACUCAGUUGCAAGAGGUGGAGCAACCGUGGUACAUCGACACGCCGACGGCUCUCUUCGAGUCCCAGGCCGCUGAGAUCAACCAAAUGCACGACGAGGUGAUGGCAAUCUUCCAGAAGCGAAUCGAAGCUAUCCGAAGUGAGGGAUUGCGCUCCAUUGCCGAUUUGAACGUACGAGCCAUUUUCUAG